UUUGCGUCACGUCCGCCCCGCCCGCUGCCACUUGUGGCUCUGCCGCUCUAGCCCUUGGCGGAGCCAGCUGCCGCUCUUCGGUGCUGGCCCCGGUUCCGGCCCCGUUGCCCAGGGAACAGGCUCCCGGCAGCCCCCGCGGCCCGGAGUCCAUCCCCGCCUCCUCCGGCCCGGCGGGGCCGACGAGUCCGGAGGGGCUGCCGCGGGAGCCCCCAGGUUUCCCUAGAUGACAAAUAAACAUUCCUUUUCCUGCGUGAAGAUCGUCUGUGGAAACCUUGGCCAUGGCAUCGGUAUCAGAGCCUGUUACAUUCAGAGAGUUCUGCCCGUUGUACUAUCUCCUCAAUGCCAUUCCGACAAAGAUCCAGAAGGGUUUCCGCUCUAUCGUGGUCUAUCUCACGGCCCUCGACACCAACGGGGACUACAUCGCGGUGGGCAGCAGCAUCGGCAUGCUCUAUCUGUACUGCCGGCACCUCAACCAGAUGAGGAAGUACAACUUUGAGGGGAAGACGGAAUCUAUCACUGUGGUGAAGCUGCUGAGCUGCUUUGAUGACCUGGUGGCAGCAGGCACAGCCUCUGGAAGGGUUGCAGUUUUUCAACUUGUAUCUUCAUUGCCAGGGAGAAAUAAACAGCUUCGGAGAUUUGAUGUCACUGGUAUUCACAAAAAUAGCAUUACAGCUCUGGCUUGGAGCCCCAAUGGAAUGAAAUUGUUCUCUGGAGAUGACAAAGGCAAAAUUGUUUAUUCUUCUCUGGAUCUAGACCAGGGGCUUUGUAACUCCCAGCUGGUGUUGGAGGAGCCGUCUUCCAUUGUACAGCUGGAUUAUAGCCAGAAAGUGCUGCUGGUCUCUACUCUGCAAAGAAGUCUACUCUUUUAUACUGAAGAAAAGUCUGUAAGGCAAAUUGGAACACAACCAAGGAAAAGUACUGGGAAAUUUGGUGCUUGUUUUAUACCAGGACUCUGUAAGCAAAGUGAUCUAACCUUGUAUGCAUCACGGCCCGGGCUCCGGCUGUGGAAGGCUGAUGUCCACGGGACCGUUCAAGCCACGUUUAUCUUAAAAGAUGCUUUUGCCGGGGGAGUCAAGCCUUUUGAACUGCACCCGCGUCUGGAAUCCUCCAACAGUGGAAGUUGCAGCUUACCUGAGAGGCACCUGGGGCUUGUUUCGUGUUUCUUUCAAGAAGGCUGGGUGCUGAGUUGGAAUGAAUAUAGUAUCUAUCUCCUAGACACAGUCAACCAGGCCACAAUUGCUGGUUUGGAAGGAUCCGGUGAUAUUGUGUCUGUUUCAUGCACAGGAAAUGAAAUAUUUUUCUUGAAAGGAGAUAGGAACAUUAUAAGAAUUUCAAGCAGGCCUGAAGGAUUAACAUCAAUAGUGAGAAAUGGUCUGGAGAUGUCUGGAUGCUCAGAGCGUGUCCACAUGCAGCAAGCAGAGAAACUGCCAGGGGCCACAGUUUGUGAAACAAGGCUCAGAGUCUCUUCCGUGGCCAGCUCCGUGGCCAGUGAGCCAAGGAGCAGGAGCAGCUCGCUCAACUCCACCGACAGCGGCUCCGGGCUCCUGCCACCUGGGCUCCAGGCCACCGCUGAGCUGGGCAAGGGCAGCCAGCCCCCCUCACAGAGAUUCAACGCCAUCAGCUCAGAGGAUUUUGACCAGGAGCUUGUCGUGAAGCCUAUCAAAGUGAAAAGGAAGAAGAAGAAGAAGAAGACAGAAGGUGGAAGCAGGAGUACCUGUCACAGCUCCCUGGAAUCGACACCCUGCUCCGAAUUUCCUGGGGACAGUCCCCAGUCCUUGAACACAGACUUGCUGUCGAUGACCUCAAGUGUCCUGGGCAGUAGUGUGGAUCAGUUAAGUGCAGAGUCUCCAGACCAGGAAAGCGGCUUCAGUGGUGAAGUGAACGGUGUCCCGCAGGAAAAUACUGACCCCGAAACGUUUAAUGUCCUGGAGGUGCCAGGAUCUGUGCCUGAUUCCGUGGCUGAGGAAGAUGACAUUAGAACUGAAAUGCCACACUGUCACCAUGCACAUGGGCAGGAGCUGCUCAAUGGAGUGAGGGAAGAUGUGGGAGGCAGUGAUGUCACAGGACUCGAAGAUGAGCCAUGUCCUGCAGACGACGGACCAAAUAGCACACAGUUACCCUUCCAAGAACAGGACAGCUCUCCUGGGGUGCAUGAUGGGGAAGACGUCCAACCCAUUGGCCCCCAAAGCACUUUUUGUGAAGCCCCCCUCCUGAACUCACUCACUGUGCCUUCCAGCCUCAGCUGGGCUCCAUGUGCUGAGCAGUGGCUGCCUGGGACCAGAGCUGAUGAGGGCAGCCCUGUGGAGCCCAGCCAAGAGCAGGACAUCCUGACCAGCAUGGAGGCCUCUGGCCACCUCAGCACAAAUCUCUGGCAUGCUGUCACUGAUGAUGACACAGGUCAGAAAGAAACACCCAUUUCUGAACGUGUCUUGGGGAGUGUGGGAGGACAGCUGACUCCGGUCUCUGCCUUGGCGGCCAGCACUCACAAGCCCUGGCUUGAGCAGCCUCCACGGGAUCAGGCAUUGACGUCCAGCGAUGAGGAGGACAUCUAUGCCCACGGGCUUCCGUCUUCAUCCUCAGAGACGAGUGUGACAGAGCUCGGCCCUAGUCGCUCCCAGCAGGACCUGAGCCGGCUGGGUGCAGAGGACGCCGGGCUGCUCAAGCCAGAUCAGUUUGCAGAAAGCUGGAUGGGCUACUCGGGUCCCGGCUAUGGCAUCCUCAGCUUGGUGGUCUCUGAGAAAUAUAUCUGGUGCCUGGACUACAAAGGCGGCCUGUUCUGCAGCGCGUUGCCGGGCGCCGGGCUGCGCUGGCAGAAGUUUGAAGAUGCUGUCCAGCAGGUGGCAGUCUCGCCCUCAGGAGCGCUUCUCUGGAAGAUAGAACAGAAAUCUAACCGGGCUUUUGCUUGUGGGAAAGUCACCAUCAAGGGGAAGCGGCACUGGUACGAAGCCCUGCCCCAGGCAGUGUUUGUGGCCCUGAGCGAUGACACGGCCUGGAUCAUCAGGACCAGCGGGGACCUAUACUUGCAGACAGGUCUGAGCGUGGAUCGCCCUUGUGCCAGAGCUGUAAAGGUGGACUGUCCCUACCCGCUGUCCCAGAUCACAGCCCGGAACAAUGUGGUGUGGGCGCUGACAGAGCAGAGGGCCCUCCUGUACCGGGAGGGCGUGAGCAGCUUCUGUCCGGAAGGCGAGCAGUGGAAGUGUGACAUCGUCAGCGAAAGGCAAGCUUUAGAACCUGUCUGCAUAACGCUCGGGGAUCAGCAGACUCUCUGGGCCCUGGACAUCCAUGGAAACCUGUGGUUCAGAACCGGCAUUAUUUCCAAGAAGCCCCAAGGAGAUGAUGACCAUUGGUGGCAAGUGAGCAUCACAGACUAUGUGGUGUUUGACCAGUGCAGCUUAUUUCAGACGAUAAUCCAUGCCACUCACUCGGUGGCCACAGCGGCCCAAGCCCCUGUAGAAAAGGUGGCAGAUAAGCUGCGCAUGGCGUUUUGGUCCCAGCAGCUUCAGUGCCAGCCAAGCCUUCUCGGGGUCAAUAACAGCGGUGUCUGGAUCUCCUCGGGCAAGAAUGAAUUCCACGUCGCUAAGGGGAGUCUCAUAGGCACCUACUGGAAUCAUGUUGUUCCCCGUGGGACAGCUUCUGCUACAAAAUGGGCCUUUGUGUUGGCUUCUGCGGCUCCCACGAAGGAAGGAAGCUUCCUGUGGCUAUGCCAGAGCAGCAAGGACCUGUGCAGCGUCAGCGCCCAGAGCGCACAGUCGCGGCCCUCCACGGUACAGCUGCCUCCCGACGCCGAGAUGCGCGCCUAUGCCGCCUGCCAGGAUGCGCUGUGGGCGCUGGACAGCCUCGGCCAGGUGUUCAUCAGGACGCUCUCCAAUAGCUGCCCCACGGGCAUGCACUGGACCAGGCUGGACCUCUCCCAGCUAGGAGCUGUAAAAUUGACAAGCUUGGCAUGUGGAAAUCAGCACAUCUGGGCCUGUGAUUCCAGGGGUGGAGUUUACUUCCGUGUAGGGACUCAGCCUCUCAAUCCCAGUCUCAUGCUUCCAGCCUGGAUAAUGAUUGAGCCACCUGUCCAGCCCGCCGGGGUCAGCUUGGUCAGCGUCCAUUCCAGCCCCAACGACCAGAUGCUGUGGGUGCUUGACAGCAGGUGGAACGUGCACGUGCGGACCGGGAUCACCGAGGAGAUGCCUGUGGGGACCGCCUGGGAGCACGUGCCAGGGUUGCAGGCCUGCCAGCUGGCGCUGAGCACCAGGACCGUGUGGGCCCGCUGUCCAAACGGAGAUCUCGCCCGGCGGUACGGCGUCACAGACAAGAACCCCGCCGGAGACUACUGGAAGAAAAUUCCCGGCAGUGUGUCAUGUUUCACAGUGACUGCGUCAGAUGAGCUGUGGGCUGUGGGCCCGCCUGGCUACCUCCUCCAACGGCUGACAAAGACGUUCAGCCACUCACACGGCACCCAGAAGAGCAGCCAGGCCGCCAUGCCCCACCCCGAGGACCUGGAGGACGAGUGGGAGGUCAUCUGAAGGAGCCCUGGCAGAGUCACGCGGAGGGGCCCAGCGUCUGUGGUGGGCACAGUGGCUUCGGAGUCACUCCCUGGUGGACGUGCUGCCUCAACACUUGUCCAGACACCUCUGGCCAGGUUGGACUCACACACUUACUUUCAUCUAUGUUGGUUUCUGUCUCGUUCCAGAACCCACAGCCUCCACCCGUGGCUGGCGUGAUUGCUGCAGCAGUGGCGCCUCCGAGCUCAGGACAGUGGUGACUGCCCGGCUGCAUGCACUCCGAUUACCCGCGUGCUGCCAUCUGGUCUCAUCCACAGAUAGCUCCAGCUUUUGCUGGUGGGAGUGGUCUCCGGACGCCUCCCAGAACCUAGGGUAGCCGGGCAGCUGGUUUGGCCCAGGGGCUCUUUCCACAUUAGUAGCCCCAGGGCCAGAUGGAGCUAAAGGUCAGCUCUCUGCAGCGCAGGAUGUGCUCGGUGAUGGCUUUGUCCCAUCACAGGGGGGUGUCCCCCCAGAGACAAAGCUGCAGAGCACAUUCCACGCCAGACGCUCUGGCCAGGAAGCCGAGGCCGGGCUUGAGAGGAGAGCGCUGGCCAUGCCAGGAGAGAACCAUGCACAUGCACAACACACCACACCUCACCACACCACACCUCACCACACAACACACCACACCACACCACACAACACGCCACACUGCACUGCACCAUACCUCACCACACAACACACCAC